AUGGGACUUCUUGACUUUUUGCCGUGCUGUGGACCACGGAAAGACAAGAGGAAAGACGUCGAAAGCACUUCUGAGGCUGCUAAUUUGAUUCCACCACCUCGCGAGGAGUCAAUUAUAUCGGCAGACGGUCUGGCAGGAGGUUAUGGAGCAGUAGAGCAAGGUCUUACGGACGAACAGCGACUACGGAUAGAAGCAAUCGGACGAGAGGUUGGCAGUCAUAUGCUUCCUAUUCAAUCUCUGCCUCCAGGUCAGCGAACAUCACCCUCACUAUCCAGAAACUCUGCACGUGCGAUAUCCCCUUCGUCUCGCGAUUCUUCCCGACCCUCUUCCCCUUCACCGUUACGACCGGAAACUUCCCCGCCUGAUGGUGUGAUGCAGUCACCAGAGAAAGAAGCAGACGAUGGCGUUGUCAGGAAAACCUUAUUCGCAGGCGGCGGCAUGAACAGUCGGAAAACUAGUGGUCGAGGUAAGAGUAAAGCUCGAGGCAAGGGAAAGAAGUGA